AUGACCACAACGAAUGAGGCAAUUGAAGAAGUACAAGCGAAAAAGGCGGCUAGAGUGAUUGAAGGUCCUAACUGGGGAUAUUAUCAAGGCGGUAUUCCGCCACCAUUUUGGUCUUGCUUAGCAGGUUCUGAAAUGUGUGCUGGUACAAUGCAGUCUCCUGUUAAUAUUGAAACACGUGACGUGGUAAAAAACAACAAGAUUAGUCAGUUUUCUUUCUCUGGACUUCGAAAAACAGCAGGAAUAAAAAUGGAGUUGAAAAAUACUGGUCUUUCAGUUAAAGUACAGUUUCCUGAUGUUCAGCCAAUAAUUAAAGGUGGAGGUCUAUCGGGACCCCACCAACUUUUAGAGCUCCAUUUCCAUUGGGGAGAUAAUAUUCAAAGAGGUUCAGAGCAUACAAUAAAUGGACAACAUUCUGCUUUAGAAGCCCAUUUUGUGUUUGAACCAACAAAAGAAGGAACAAAACAUUUUGCCGCAGUGAUUGGAGUAUUGAUUUAUGCUGGAAGUUAUAAUCCAAAUUAUGAACAUAUAGUUUCUAAGCUGAAAGACGUAAGAAAUAUUGGUGACAAGACAGUCCUGAACACCGUUCCAAUCAUGGAUCUGUUCCCAGAAUCCACUCGUUGUUGGUAUCGAUAUUGUGGAAGUCUAACCACACCACCAUGUAGAGAGACAGUUAUAUGGACUGUGUUUGAACAAGGCAUUUCUAUGUCAGAAGACCAGAUCAGUGAAUUCCAGAAGUUGAUGGGAGAACCAGCAGUAUUUACAGAAGGGAAAAACAAUAUAGUUGAUACAUUUAGACCUGUUCAGCCAUUGUUACAACGCAAGGUUUCAUUAAGCUGCCCUCGUAGGGGAAAGAACUAUUAUGGACAUAGUCAUCGAAAUGCAAACGAGUACGGUUGCAUCAACCAUGGAUAUGGGAAACGAAAAAGCCAUAAGAAGUACUAUAAUCAUUCAUCUGGAACCAAUAGCUGUCUAUGGGUUGAUUGGUAUAGAAACCAAUGAGUUAAUGAGAGA